GUGAGCGGUACCACUGGUUGAUGACGCGCCCAGUUUAAAGUAAACGAAGAAGAAGAAGAAUCAGAAGCGUCUCGGUGGUGAUAGGCAACAUGGCGUUCAGUUUUGGCGGCGCUGCGAGCAACCCAGCGGCAACUCUCACAGCCCCUGGUUUUGGGGUAACCACCACUACUGCGGCUGCACCGGCCACAGGAUUUAGUUUUGGCUCCACCAACACUGGUACGUUUGGUGGCUUUGGGACGACAGCAACAACUGCCAACGCUACUGGGUCGACCUUUAGCUUUGCAGCUCCUUCCAGUACGACAGGAGGCUUGUUUGGUAACACUCAGAACAAAGGCUUUGGGUUCUCGUCCGGCCUCGGCGCUGGGACUACUGCUGGGGCAACAGGAUUUGGAGCUGGAUUAGGAACAACUGGCCUGGGUGGCUUUGGAUGCUUUAAUAUCCAGCCAACUCAGCAGCAAGGCUUGUUUGGUCAGCCGGCCCAGCAGCCAGGUCAGCCUCAGCCCACCCAGCUUUACCAGCAGGUCACUGCCCUGUCAGCUCCCACCUUGUUGGGUGAUGAGCGUGAUUCCAUCCUAGCAAAAUGGAACCAACUACAGGCUUACUGGGGCACUGGGAAGGGCUACUAUAGCAACAACAACCCAGCUGUUGACUUUACGCAGGAGAAUCCAUUCUGCAGGUUCAAGGCGGUGGGCUAUAGCUGCAGUCCAGUAAGUAAGGAUGAGGAUGGUUUUGUGGUUCUGGUUCUCAAUAAAAAGGAAGCAGAUGUGCGAGCUCUGCAGCAGCAGCUGGUCGAGUCCCUUCACAAGAUCCUGGGAAGCAACCAGUCACUCACUGUCAAUGUAGAUGGGGUCAAAGCUCUUUCCAGUGAUCAGACGGAGGUGAUCAUUUAUCUGGUGGAGCGUUCACCUAAUGGCACCUCCAAGCGGAUACCAGCCACCACCCUCUACAGUUAUGUGGAGCAGGCAAACAUUAAGGCCCAGCUCACGCAGAUCGGAGUGGCCAUGUCUAUGACACGCACUGAGCUGUCUCCGGCACAGCUCAAACAGCUGCUGCAAAAUGCUCCCGCAGGAGUGGACCCUAUAAUCUGGGAGCAGGCCAAAGUGGACAACCCAGACCCUGAGAAAUUGAUCCCAGUGCCCAUGGUGGGAUUCAAAGAGCUGCUUCGUAGGCUGCAGAUCCAGGAGCAGAUGACCAAACAGCACCAGACCAGAGUGGAUAUCAUCUCAAGUGACAUCAGCGAUCUGCAGAAGAACCAGGCGACCACAGUGGCCAAGAUCGCCCAGUACAAGAGGAAGCUGAUGGAUCUCUCCCACAGGGUGCUGCAGGUGCUGAUUAAACAGGAGAUUCAGAGGAAGAGUGGUUACGCUAUCCAAGUGGAUGAGGAGCACCUCAGGGUGCAGCUGGACACCAUUCAGUCAGAGCUCAAUGCUCCCACACAGUUCAAGGGUCGGUUGAAUGAGUUGAUGUCCCAAAUCCGCAUGCAGAAUCAUUUUGGAGCUGUGAGAUCAGAAGAGCGCUACAACGUCGAUGCCGACCUUCUCAGAGAAAUUAAACAACACCUGAAACAGCAGCAGGAUGGUUUAAGUCAUCUGAUCAGCGUCAUCAAAGACGACUUGGAAGACAUCAAACUCAUAGAGCACGGGCUGAGCGACAGUGGACACAUGAGAGGAGGCAUGCUGAGCUGAGUCUACCUGACUGAAACACACACACACACACACACACAAUACAA